AUGUUGCAUCUAGUAGGACUCGGUCUCGCUGAUGAGACGGAUAUCACCGUCCGUGGGCUGGAGAUCGUCAAGCGUGCCGAGCGGGUUUACUUGGAGGCAUACACUGCCAUUCUUCUUGUGGACAAGUCGAAGCUUGAGGCAUUCUACGGCCGACCAGUCAUCGAGGCAGAUCGCGAACUAGUAGAGAGUGGCAGCGAUGAGAUCUUAGCUGAUGCAGACAAAGUCGACAUCGCUUUCCUUGUUGUUGGCGAUCCAUUCGGCGCAACAACUCACACUGAUCUCGUCCUCCGCGCCCGCGAACUCAACAUCCAAACCAACGUCGUUCCCAAUGCCUCCAUUAUGUCCGGAAUCGGCUGCACUGGUCUCCAGCUUUACAACUUCGGCCAGACAGUCAGCAUGGUCUUCUUCCUCGAUAACUGGCGCCCGGCCUCAUUCUACGACCGUGUGGCUGAGAACGCUCAGAUCGGUCUGCACACUCUCGUGCUGCUCGACAUUAAGGUGAAGGAGCAGUCUAUGGAGAACCUGGCCCGUGGUCGUCGGAUUUAUGAGCCUCCACGUUAUAUGACUGUUGCGCAGUGUGCGCAGCAAAUGUUGGAGGUCGAGGAGGACCGCAAGGAGGGCAUCUGUGCCCCUGAUCGUCUUGCUAUGGGAGCUGCGCGGGUCGGAGCGCCGGAUCAGAAGCUUGUCGUCGGUACUUUGACUGAACUGGCCGAGGUGGAGAUGGGAGCUCCGUUGCACAGUGUUGUGCUCCUCGGACGGAGGACACACGACCUCGAGAGAGAUUACAUUCGGCAGUUUGCCGUUGAUCAGGCUACUUUCGAUGCCAGUUAUGCCAAGUACUAUGGAAAGAGUUCAUGA